UUUCAAAAUGAUUUUCAACCAAUUCAGAAUGUUCGAUGAUACAAAUAAACCUCAGUCAAAAUCAAAAACAAAAUUAACAACUAAUGUAUCACCAUGGGAUGAAGGAGGUGAUUUCUUACAUCUCCAGUCUUCUAAGAAAGACCCUCAAAGGAAAAAGAAAUAAGAGUGUUAAACCAAGACAACUAACCGUUUUUAAAGAGUUUAUAUUCAGAACUCAUAAAUCUCCACAAGGUUGAACCUUUAGGUCCAACCAAAUAUUUGAAGAAACCCCGUCAAAGGAAUUAUUUCAACUCGCAAAUAAUUCCAAACAACAUCUUCAAAAGCUCAGAAGGCAGCCUAAAAAUUUAAGAAAUUCCUUGAGGAAAUAGAACGUUUUCAGAGUCUUCUGAAGGAUGCUCCUCCUUGGAAUCCCAACUAGAUUUUGAGCAUUCUUUCAAGAUUGAAGUAUUGCCCAAAUCCCAUACCAAGACCAUGAAGUCCAAACCCUCGCUAAGCAAUGGAGUUCUUAAGAACUCAGCCAAGAAAGCUAUUAAGAAGACUGUUGAGAAGAAGGAAGAAGAGAAUAAAACCGUUAAAUUUAAAGAAUUCAUGAAAGACAAAGGAGAGAUCCGGAAAAGAGAAACAAAACCAGAACCUGUUAUUAAUGAAUAUAAGAAACCUAUUUCUAAGAGACUUGAUGCUCAAGUAGCUCCAUUCAAUGAACAGAAUUUGAGAAAAUUUAAAUCUAUAAGUCCUCAUAAUCGUGAGACUGCUCAAAAUAAGGUGACUUCCCAACCAAAAGAUCAGAAAAGGGCAAGAUUUCAGAUUAGAGGGACUCAUUUUCAAAUUUCAGCAGGAGAUCAGAAAAAGAAAGAAGCUAAUAAAUUGUUUUCAAAAUCUAUGAAUAUGUUAUGUGGAGAAACAGGUAGCCCAAGACAUGAAAUUUUGAGUAAACGCCAUUUCUGAAACCUUGUAAUCUUAAUGGACUCUAAUCCCUGUUUUCCAUCGCUCAUUAAAGCAAAGAAUUCAUCCCAAGAUUCUUCAGACAGUUGACAUUACGAUAAGACUCAAAAAGAUACCACAAAGGAAGAUAAUAAUCAGAACGAUGCUUUACAGCCUCGGUUACAAGAUUCCACAAAACAAUUAGCAAUUAACUCUAACCAGUGUUUUCCAGAUAACCAAGUUGGAGGUUUCACUAAGAAAUCUAAGCAGAAAAAUAACCAGAAUUUAUGCAAAAAAGCAUCCAACUCUAAGUAAAAAUGGGGGAAACUUAAUGAUGAUGAGUCUUGAUGAUUUAAUGAAAACCAAAAAGCCGACAAUUAAUUCUCCUCGAAAGAACACUGACCAAUUAAAAAUUUCUACUAGAAAGAAUCACAUAGAAGGUGACAUAAAAGUACCAAUAAGCCCAGAGUUACCUCCGAUUGACUCUCCUACUAAUUCCCCUAUGAAGCAAUGCUUGAGUACUGAAGUUCUUCCAAAAGUACCAUCAAAGAGGUAUUCUAAGCAUCCUCACAGCUAUUAUAUGCAGAAGCUUAAUAAAUUGAACUUUAAUGCGAAAACUCCUCGUGCUACAAAGUUGUUUAAUGGUAAUUGCUCAUAAAUAAAAUACCUGAACUAUCAAUGUAAAUAUUGUACCUAAUAAUCCCAAAAAAAUUAAAGCAAUCAAAAUUGGCUCUAAAUGCUUUAAUUUAUCGUUCAAACUUCAGUUUGGCAUGAUGAAUGUAGAGCUAUAGGACUGAUUGUAAUAUUUAUUUGCGAUAAUGGGAGCUCCAUUUAAAAUCAU